GAGAUGACUUUCGAGCUACCGAUGAGGACAGUACUCGACCUAUUUAGCUUUCCAUACACAUCCAGCCUAUCAUGACAACAUUCAACACUGGCCGCAUAAUAAAAACACAAUCAUCGUGAAAAAUUAAACAAGGUCCACUGCAGGAAAGGACAAGUUGAUGAUUACCGUGAUCUCGACAUUAUCACUGUGGAUGUAUGCGUUUUUUAAUCAUCGAAGGAAUGAUAUUAUCUCGCAUUUGACAUAUAACACUUUUGGAGUAACCUUGGAACGGAAUUUUAUACUGUAGCUGUUUGGCGUGAAUAAUUAAUUGAUUAUGCCAGCUCAGGGGAAACCCACCCCCGACGGAGGGAGCCGAGACGCCAAAGCUGCUGCGGCGCUCAACACUCAAAGCGUGCAGGACAAUUCGAUGAAAGUAUCUCAAAUAACCGAAUUUGAAUCUCUGUUCACAAUUGAUAAGGAACUUGGCAAGGGUGCCACAUCAGUAGUGCAUAAAUGUUUUGAAAAAGGAACAAAUCGACCGUUUGCAGUCAAGAAAGUAAAGAAAACGCCUGACAUGAAAGUCUUCAACGCAGAAGUCAGUAUACUGCAGAGUAUAAACCAUCCAAACAUAAUCAAGCUAGUAAACCUGUUUGAGGAUGAAUGCAAUGUCUAUCUUCAGUUAGAGUUAGUAACGGGAGGAGAACUUUUUGAAAGGAUUGUUGAGCGAGGGUACUACAGUGAGAGGGAUGCCGCAAAGUGUGUCAGGGAAAUCUGCCAAGCCGUCUCGUAUCUCCAUUCUCAAGCCAUUGUGCACAGAGACCUCAAGCCAGAGAACCUGCUGUACGAGAACAUGAGCGAUGAGUCACCCCUUAAACUGGCUGACUUUGGCCUUUCAAAAAUCAUGGACCAGGAUGUUUUCAUGAAGACCGUGUGUGGAACGCCUGGAUACUGCGCACCAGAGGUUCUACAUGGGAAGGCGUACCACAUGGGAGUGGAUAUGUGGAGUAUAGGAGUAAUUACUUACAUCCUUCUCUGUGGAUUCGAACCAUUCUAUGACGAAAAAGGAGACAAACAUAUCUACAAAAAGAUACUGAAGGCUGACUAUGCCUUCAUCUCACCGUGGUGGGACGAUAUCUCCACCAGCGCCAAGGAUUUCAUCAGAAGACUGCUGGUGACAGAUCCAGAGAAAAGACUAACGGCAAAACAAGCACUACAGCACCCAUGGGUACGGGCAGAGAACAGCGCAGCAAGUACCAAGAACAUACCGUGCGCAACCAUAGAGAACAUCAAGGAAUUCAAUGCCAAGAGAAAAUUGAAGGCUGCAGCCGCAGCGGUAAUUGCCAUGCAACGUCUAGGAGGUAUGGGUGAUAUUUUCUCUCACUUGGCUGCCGGUGCUGCCGCCGCAGGAAGCUCCGACUCCAACACCAUGAAAGGAGCCGUGAUGGCAGCCGCAGCAACAGCCUCAGCAGCGGAAUAGGAGAGUUCAACCUUCUGUGGGAUGGGAGCCCCUUUCCUCGUUUACAGGAUUUCUCUUCUGUAAACUGGGACGAUGGGUCCAGCCAAAUGCACAAGGUUUAUUGGGUUUAAGAAAAGCAUUGUUAAAGUUACAUAUAGGCCUGUAAGUGAAUCUACGUUAAUAAAACAGGCUCAUGUCACAAAUACUGCCCACUGUACAAAACCUGAACUGUAUAGCCAGUUGGUCUAUCUAUUCAGGCUGAACAACAUAAUGGUUGAAUUGAAGAAUGAUCUCGAACCGAUCUGCACGUCCAGGAGGAAAUGGGUCAAAUUGACGAAUAAUCUUGAAGAGAACUAUAUUUGUGGUCUUUUAGUGAUGGAUUCAAAUUCAUUUGCAGGUCCAGUAGGGAUCUGGAGUGAUUUUAAGUGUACCAUUCGUUAUGAACCGUUCCCAUUAUGACCAAAGUUGGUAUGCGAUAGAGUCAGUGUAACAUAAUUUUUUGAUAUAUAAUCAGGAUUCAAACUUUCUCCAUUUUGAGAUGUAAUUUGUACUCAAAUAUAGACUUUAUCUGUAUAAAAUUUUAAGGUUUAGACCCUUUCUCAUAAUCCAUCCAUGAGAAGUUGACUCUUACAAAGCUUACUUAUUUUGAUUAUGAUGGGCUCUCUAUUCCAAAAUAUACCGGUACUACAUCAAUUUCUUGAUGAAAAUUGAGCUCUAGUUAGCAUGCCAUUGUUUAAGUAGCACAUGUCUUAGAAAAACCCCAAACAGAUUAAACCUCAUUUGUGAUAGUAGUAGUUGGAAAUUGCUUUUUAAAAUUCCGUAGAUACUUGUUUAUUAAACUUCGCAAUUUUGAAAUCAUAACUCGUAGUAACAUUCGGAACUGAAAAAUCCCCCCACCAAAUUAAACCUCAUUUGUGAUAGCAGUAGUUGGAAAUUGCUUAUUUAAAUUCUGUAGAUACCUUAUUAACCUUUGCCAUUUUGAAAUCAUAACUUUGUAGUAACAUCUAGAACUGAGCUCUUCAAAUAUGUGCCCGUCCAUUCCAGUUGUAAUGCACAAAUUGGUAUAUGGAAUCUAAUGGACAAAAUAGUCAAACAGACUAAUUUAACAUUCAACUACAUCGCAAUGAAUAUUACAGAGUUAUAUUGAAGAGUUGAAAUGCAUGUGUUGUGAGUAUAACAGUUACAUGUAUGGCAUUGGAUGUAAUGAAAAGGCCAUGUCUAUCUUGCUCAUUUUCUCUAUGACUGUUCACUGCUUUAUGCAAAGUUUAGUUCGUAAAAUAGUAAAAUAGGGAUAUAAAGUGAUGUAAAACAUUAAAACCUGGUAGAGAUAGUGCAAUUCUUUCACAAACUGGAAAUACAAUAGGUCUUAGAGAAAGAAUAGAGAAAAUUAAGUUCCCUCGUCAUGCAUAUUUAUGUGUUUUAAACUUCAGGCUGAAAGCGUUUUGUGGUUUAACAAUGUAGAGAAAUACUACACAAUUCAAGAAAUUGAUUUAUCGAUUCAAGAUCAAACAUCUAUCACUAUUUAUUUACAUUACCUGUAAAUAUAAUUAUUCAAAAACAUUCUGCACAUGUACAUAUUUUGCAGGAAAUAUUUGAUUGUUCGUUAGGAUAGCAUUGUUUUGAGAUUUUGUUAUUUGGACAAUUGGAGGUGAGUCUCUCUAUAGUGAGGACCAUGUCUGGAUUGUGUUUUGGGUAACCUCAAGUUAUCUUGCUUUAUGAAGAGAGAAGAUCAUUCGAUUGUGCUUUUAUUGAUAUACCAAAAAGAGAAAAGUUUGAUUUUGUUAAUGACACUUCAAGUAGUUUUGAUUAUUUUGCACGGUGGGAGAAAUCUUUAAGAAUUUUAGUGAAACUUGUGAAAUUAUCAUCAAACAUGAUUUUUUUUAUAUCUAUUGGGACCAAUGCUGUGUUAGGCACCUUAAUAGAGAUCAUGUCUAUGGCUUUGUUGCUCGUGGGAUUUAACAGUGCUUUUCCCCGUCUUAAAAAGACUUACGAUUGAUCCAAUCAAUCUCAAGUAUAUGCAAAUCCAUCAACAUCAUUUUUUUCCCCAGGAAAUUUGCCCAAUGUCCUUUGUCAACAUGGAGAAGCACACUGAAUUUUCAAGAAAACUAUGAAUGUAUGAAUAGACAUCAUUUCUAGAAAAUGUUAUUAACAAAUAUGAAUUUUCGAUGUUGACUUUGCUGGCUUUCAAUAGUAAGGGUUGAUUGGAUCAAUCGCAAGUCUUUGUAAGACGGGGGCCCUGAUCUUCCCGUUGGUGAAGAUAUAUAAAGAUUAGAAAUGGAAAGAUGUUCAGCGGGAUUCCCCAGUUGUUUACGUGACUCAGACUUUUGUUAAGGUGUCUUUUAUUUCAUAUUAUUUUGGCACACAUUCUGAUUAAAGGACGCACACUGAAACUUCCCAAGACGGAUGCGCUCUUUUUGGACAUUGUGUUUAAUCAUAUUUUCCAUUUUCUCUUCUUAAUUCUUUUUAGUAAAUUUGCAUCAGAGGGGUUUAUUGUAAAUUCAAUUCAAUCAAUAUAAUGUUAUUUUAUAUAUUGCUGUAAUUGAAGGAUAUCAUGGAAAAGAUGGCUGUUUUUCACUUUGUUUUUAUGAAGAGUCUUGAAUUGGUUGAGAGACCCAGAGAAUAAAGCUCAACCGUGACACAACCAGUCUCCAUCCAAUAUUUUGGGAAAAAUUGCAAUAUUUCAAAUAUGAAUGUUCAAACAAGGAAAAUAUAAAUGUUACUUGAUGCUUCUCAAUAUACGCACUUAAUUAUGUGUGCUCAAUGCAGAAAAAUCUGCCUACACAUUGGUUUGAAACAUGGACCUAUUACAAUAGGUCCAUGGUUUGAAACCACAGAUUUAAAACCACGUUCGUCCAUUCAGGCUGUUAUUUUCUAUGUAAGAAUCUUCAUGUGAAAUAAUAUGAUACAGUUUUAAAAAUCGUUUUUGACUGGUCAUGUAAUAAUAAUUGGCCAUUUGGCCAUUAUACUCAUUAGAAAAAAAAAAUAAUUGCUACCUUUUCCUUUUAAAGUUGUGUCAUGACAAGGUCUAUCUCUUCUCCAACCAUGCACUUUUUAGUCACCCACAGUUUUAGAAUUAAUGAUCUAUACUAUAAGUAUUCCUGGAGUAUUUUGUUUUUUUGGGAAAAAACAUGGAUAUCCAGUAGCCUUCAGUCUAAUGUUCAAUAUUAUUUUUCUCUACAUUUUGUACUUUGUGUGUUUCAUUCCCUUUUACCAACCCAAAGGUUUUGUGCAUUCCAUAAUAUCCUUGUGUGUUUUCAAUAUAUAUUUCAUUUUGGGGUUUUCAGGUUAUGCUUUUUAAUAUCAUAUUUCUGAAUGUUGCUUGUUUGUAUAAGAGGUCAAAGCUGCAUAGAAAAGGCUCCUUUUCUGUUGAAGUUAUUGUGUUGAAGAACCUAAUGUACAUUUAUUGGUCAGAGUACUGCUUUAGACAUGUCUCUGUCAUCAUCCAACAAGACCCUCCUAUUUAUUGUAUGUGUUUUGUAUGCAACUUCUGCAUUCAUAAUUUUACAAAGAACUCAAAAUAAUAUUCCUUAUUUUUACUGAAAGGAAAAACCUGUUAUGCAUGUUCUUUUUUUCUAUGAAUAAUUUUGAUUACAGGCUCGCUUUACUUUACUUUUUAUCGGACUGCGGGACAGGCGUGAUUCCGUUUAUUCAUAAAUCGUUUUUUGGUUUAAAGCACUUGUCUGGGUACACUGCAAGUAAAUUUGCUUGAAGUAAGGAAGGAAUCUCCCCUUCAAAACAAACAACAGCAUCUUCAAAGAAUACAUUCUUUGAGGGGAUUAAUUUUAACUCGGGGAAAUUAAGAGCAUAGUUUCGAAAAAUUACAAGUUAUGUUUAAUUCUUGUCAUUUAUUAUGUAACCAUGACAAGGUAGAAUCAUAUCACAAUUUUCUUAUUUUACCCACUCUCUAGAUUUAACGUUCUAUUGGAUAUUUUAUGCUUCAUGUGCAUAUUUAAAACUUAUUUCAGGGUUUAUUUUACAUCAUUAUCGUAGAAAAAGUGUCCCUGAAUAUUUCAAGUAUUACUCAUAAUAACUUAAUAUUACUUUUGUUAUUUCAGGGAAGAAUAAAAGAAAAUUCAUUGUUUUUCUUGUGUUCUUAAAACUAGUUCUUACAUACUUUAGAGCAAAAACAGAAAAUGGCAUCUCUAAAUUCAAUAAAAGUAGGGGACUUUUAAAGUUUAAGGCGAUAUAAAAUGUGUAGUUAGAAGGCUGAAAAAAGGUUUGUCUUUUAUAUAUUUAUCUUUUAAACUUGAAUAUUCAGUUUAUAGCAAAAUGUUUUGCAUACUACUUGAGCUUUGUAUUUUUAAAUCCCAUCAUUAAUUAGCUUCAAAUUGGCAAACUGUACUACAUACUAAAUACUCACUUUGAACAAUUCUGGCACCUGAAAGGUGCAAUUCACUUUUGAAUUAUGCAAAUAUUAAAUUUUACUUACACUUGUAUUUUUUAAACAGGACGAUUCUCUAAAAUGCUUUUCAAUUUAGUGAAAAUCACCUUUAUGCAAAUGUACACUUCUUAAAGGUUUAUCCUAUUUUAUCUUGUAUUAUGAAAAAAAUAUAUAUCAUGAGUAUUAUGGAACAAUUUUAUCUUAAACCACUUGUAUAUCGUCAUUAAACAAUUGAAUUACAUGUAUUUAUAUUUUUUGAUAAUUUUUCAGUACUACAUGUAUUUGUAUCUGUAUUAUCAAAUUAAAAUAGCAUCUUGGUGCAAAUUAACAUAGAUAUUUAUUGGGGGUAAAAAUUAAUGCACGUACAAGAUUCAAAGAAAAGUAAAAUUAUUGCACAGUAUUGGAGUAAUUUAUGUUUUGUGUUGAAAAUAUAAAUGUAUAAGUAAAGUUAGAGUUGAUUCAUUUUCUCUAAUACGUGUGCUUUCCUUUAUUUUCUAUUGGAAGUCUGAGUUUAAUAAUAAAAGGGAAUCCAACCUUGGCCAUAAAAUGAUGUGUGAGAGAGGGAAAAAAUAAGUUAAACAAAAUGGUGAAAGUUUUAAAGAAAUCAGAUAAGCGAUAAAAAAGUUAUGGCUGUUUUGAAAUUGAGAUCCCUAAGGCUUUGUCAAUUUCAAAUUGGCAACAGGGUAUGUAAAUCAUUAGAAGUGGUUGGGACAGCUUUUGGAUAGGCCAUGUACUUAAAUUAGGGAUAUGUAGUUCUUGCAUAAGCACCUCUUGAAAGAAAAAAAAUAAUGAUAAUUUGAAGUUAAACUUUUGCCUUACAUCAGAAUGACAUCACCAAUUUUUACAACUUUUUAAAUUCUUAACUUUUUUUUUGUCUGAUAUUGUUCAAACUUUCUACUUGACUGUCUUCUUUCCCUCUAAUAGGACCUUUUUUAUUUGGGUUGGAUUCCCCAUUAAAGAUUAGAUCUUUCAUUAAAUGAAAGUCAAUUAUGAUUAACCCUUGAUGAUAAAUAUGUUAAUUAACAUUAAUUAUUUAAUAUUAUGAAGUGCUUUUGCACCUAGAUUUUUCAAAAAGUAUUUUAUAGGUAUCCUGCUAUUAGAAGCGUGAGUCACCAUUUACAUACAUUCAGUAAUUCAGUGAUAGUGUGAACAAUUUGUGUGAAAACGUAACAAAUCUAGGUCCAAAUUAAAACAGCUUGAAUAAAAAGGAACUUUGUGGUUUCUCCUAUAAAGCUAAACCUUAGUACUCCUUUGUCAUCACAAUUAAAUAGUUUGUUUAAUAGAACCAGAUUCAAUGCCAAGGAAAGAAUACUUAACAAUUUGAAAUACAAAUUGGAUUAAUAUGUGUAAAUGUAAUACAUCCACUUGUAGUAUUAAUAUCUGAUGUGUUUACAUGAAAAUAAUAAUAAUGAAGUCGAUGCUCAUUUCUCUUCAGACCUAUGCCUCUUUAUCUUGCAACAAUAUCCAGGGGAGUGGGGGGGGGGGGGGGGUAUCACUUUGCAUUCAGUACAGAAUGCUUGAUAUUUUGUCAUUGUGUAUAUUCAAUUCAAUUCAAUUCAAUUCAUUUAUUUGACAUCCUUUAAAAACAUAUGUACAAGUAUACAACAACAAAGGAGUACAAUAAUUUAAAUCACAGUAUAAGCGAUAAAAAAUUGUCAAAAUAUAAAAGAAAUGAAAAUAAAAUGUAGCGGAUGUAGGAAGUCUGAUUCUGAUUCAUUAUCUUAAAGGGAUAUUGAUUAGAUGAUGGGAUUAAUAUUGGAUUAGCAAAAACUGAUUAUAUAGUUAAUCUAGGAAGAACAGUACUUUAAAAUGAUAGUAUUACAAUAUUUAUCCCUUUAUAAGAGUAUUUUUAUGGUAGAUCCUUAAUCAUUGUACACUACCAUAUAUGAGUAUGAAUCAGUUGGUUGUUUGCUCUGUGUUAAAAUAUGUAAAAACACCCUGCAAUUCCAAGACAAGUUUUUCACAUUUGAAGUUUGAUGUUUUAUUCCCCCUCCCCAACUCGAACAUAUAAUUUUUGUGAUAUUUUCCAUUUCCAAUUAUUUUUCUGAUGAUCAAACUGCUUUUUUGUUAAAAGGAAUCCAAGAUAAGCUGUGUUUUCAUCUUUGUUUUAUUGCUGUGAUUACAAGUACCUCUUCCAUAUUUAUGCACACUUAAAAAAAAAGAAAAAGGUUGGCUGAGCAAAAUGCAUCUUUUUUUCUUGAUUUAUAUAUAUUCUUUCACUCAUUAUGCAUACAAUGUAAGAAAUAACAUUUAAUUCGCUUUUACAAAUGCAUUUUGCAUUAACUAUGACUAUUUUUUGGGAAUUAAGUGUAUUUUUUCUGUAUGGUAUGAUUGUCGUUAUCACAAUUUUAUUACAGGACUUGUAAUUCUGUAUAUUGUCCUUGUAAUUGUAUGGAGGGAUUCCUGCUAUAUUAAUGUAUAUAUAAAUGUGAGUAGGCACUUUUACAGCACUGAACGUUUUUAGAAUUCUUAUACAAAAAACUUAUACAAAUGAUGUAAAUAUACAAGUCCAGAAUCACGUCUUAUUGUGUGUGCGUCUACAUUAUCCAGAUGAGUUUAUGGUUGAUAUAAUUAGAAGGUCUAAUAAAGAGGUACACAUUCAAUAUCAAAA